AUGGAGGACGUCAUCUUGCGUGAAAUAAACGAAAUCAUUUCGUCUCCUGAAAACAGAGCGAAGAAUCCCGUAAGUUUGUUGAUGGAAGCAGGAGCUCAAAGUAGACAACCUGUGAUCUUCAACUACUUGGAUGAAUUGGCCAUGGGACUGAUAAAUACGCAUAUAUUUACUUGUGAGGUCAAAGUUGGACGUGUGAUAAAAUGCAAAGGAUCGGGACACAGCAAAAAAGAGGCCAAAGCGAACUGUGCGAAGGAAGCUUUGGAACUCAUCAGAAGUAACACUGGUGGUACCACAACCUCACCAGGAGCGUCUAAGGUGAGAACACGAAUAAUUGUUAACAACAGUAAACACAACAAUGUUUUUCCCUUGCGCAAAUUCGAACUCUCAAUUCAAGCUUUAGAAUUGAAUACAUCCUCUUACUAAAUUCUUUACUUUGAAUAAUGCUGUUUCGUAUUACGUGGAAUUUAAUUAUACAUACACAAAGUUUUUUUUCCUCUUUGGUUGGGGGCAAACAUUUUUCAGGAACAAUGUAAAGUAAAGAAACAAAAACAAAUGGUAGUCAAAGGGCAGUGCCUGCUGUUGGGACUCUAAUUUCGUCCGGCCAAUGACUAGGCAACCAAACUAUAUUUUAUUAAGGGCUAUCGACAUUCAUAGGGAAAAUCUCGCUUAACCACACAAUAUUUCAAAAUAAUUAGUUUUGAAAAAUAUUAUAAAAGUGCUGAUGUCACACUUUUUUAAAAAGGGAAGGAAAAUAACAUUUCCUCGCCAAAUCCAUUUCAUUUCAAACUUUUUGAAAUACAAAAUCAAUAGUAAGUAUACAAAUCUUUAAAUUAGGAAGCAAAUGUCAUCUUUUGAACAAUGUAAUAUAAGUUUAAAAGCCACUUUAACUCUGAUCACUCUCACUUGCACAGCCAAAAUUCUGGUUAAAUGGUUUUUGAAGGGAAUGAAAGAUGAAUUGUGUAUUUUGUAGACCUUCUUCUUUUGUUCAGUGUUAUUACAAAUAGGGGUCUUGUGAGUUUUUACAGGUUAUUUCAUUUUUUUAAUUUGUUAUGACACCUCAUUCUAACUUUCUAAUACCUCUCCUGUAGGAAAAAUAUCUCUCUCUUAUUUUUCUUAAGUUUUGGUGGGGAAAUGAAAUUCACUAUGUUUUCUUUGUCAGUUUUGAACUGAAGGCAGCAUGAUUGAACCAAUUUGACCUGUAAAAUAGAGGAGAAAAAUACGCCUUUGACUGGCCCGUGAAUUGUUACAAAUGUAGUAAAUAUUGGUCUCUUGCGUGAUCAUUGCCAUACCUUUGAAUGUUGCUAAUGUACUUAUCUUAUUUAUUGUCUUAAUUUUCUUUAUUUGGGCUGAGUUUUUCUUUUUAAUCUGAAGGGUGGUAGAUUUACUUUUACAAGCAUAUGUUUGUAUGUUGGUUCAAAAUGACCAACCAGUUAUGAAUUGGUAAUCAUUCAUUCCUCAUCUUCUUUCAAUUGUUAACUGAUUCUUUUCAGGGAUCUCCAAGCCAUACACCAUUUAGAAGUACCACUCCAACAUCUCCAUUGAAUCCAGCUAGAAGGAGCCCAUACUUGCCAAGUACAGACUUAAAUCCUAUUGGUAGCCUGCAAGAAAUGUGUAUGAAGAAGAACUGGACUCCACCAGUCUACAAUGUGACACAGGAAGAGGGAGAAGCACACAUGAAGACCUUCACUUUUGAAUGCAGGGUCCUGAUAUUGUUAUUUUCAAUAAUUUGUUAGUUGGUUACUUUUUAGGAAUUGAAAGAAAAAUGUAGAUUUUGAAACCAUCAAUUUUCAGCCAUUUGGUGCAGCUAUUUAAUAGAUUAGAAUUAAAAGUCUACCAAGGUUUAAUAAUCUGAGAGGGCUUUAAAUCCAGGUGAAGAUUUUGACCAUAGCUUGUACUGGGUUAUCAUUAUGAAUUCAAUACAAUGGUGAGUUUUUCAUGUAAAAAGUGAAAAUUAACCUUUGCUCUGUGUCAGAAGGUGUUAUGCCAAAGUGAGGUCAUUGAAAUAAUUCUUCCACUUUGGUUUCCCCUAACCUCUACCAGCCACCCACAUAGGCUAAGAAAAAUGAUAAGAAUUUAACAUUUGUUUUUUAUGUAAUAGCCCUGUGUAUCCAUUUAUUGUUACAAAACCAAUGCUGUGCAUACAAAAAUGCAAUCUUUUCAGGGGUGCCUAGUGCACAUCUCAAAUAGAUUAAUCUUUGAUUGUUUUCAGGUUGUAGAUUGGAUUUCUCAAGGGCAUGGAAGCAGCAAAAAAGCAGCCAAGAAACUUGCUGCAGAGAAAAUGUUGAGCAUGAUCAGUGAGGCACCUAAGGUAGAUAAAAUCCUGUGAAUUAAAAUGGAAAACAGAGUAUUUGUAUUGGUACAUAAAUGACAAAAAAUAACAAAAGAAGAAAAAUGUAACCAAGGUAUAACAAGCUAUUCAAUGCAAAAAGAUCAAUUCUUAGAAAGUUUGUUGUUUGGAUGAUUCAGAUCAUGGAGUUGGGUUUUGUAAUACAAAGUAAUAUGAACAUAGAGUGAGGUUUAGUGCUUGUGUCACUGUUAUAUGGGAAUGGUGGUUGUAAUUCACAGUGUUCAGCUUGAGGCUUCAAUCAACAGCCUUUGGAAGUGUCUCAUCUGUACAAGAGUUUUAGAGAAACUAAUUUUGACAAUUUAGUGCAGAUACAAAAUAGUUUCUCCCUUUCAAGGGCUGGAUUUGAAAGGUUACUUUUUUCAAUACAUUUAGUCCUGUGCAUCCAAUAUAAUCCACAAAACUGAAAGCAAUAUUUAAUGUAUGUAUUGCUGCACUACAAAGCACUACUGAAACAUGCAAAGAUCAUCUUUAGAAACCACUUUCUUUUUUUUUUCUUUUAUUUAGUUUCAGUUGAAAACACCUAGUUAUUUUUAGUAUUAGAGCCACAGCUAUUGUUGAUCUUAUUUUAAAUGAAAGUGACUCAAAAUAAUAAUUGUAAUUAUUUUUCCCUAGGGUUCAUCCCCAGUAGGUGCACACAAAAAUGGAUCAUCAAGCCCAUUAAGGAAGUCUCCUGACAAGCACUCUAGACUAAGCCCUCUAUCAGGGUCAAGUCCCUCAAGAAGUAGCCAGUCUAACUCACCAGUUCCAUUUCUUUCAAGCGAUUUAUAUGAUAAAAUGGAAACUGAGGAACCUUGUUUGAACACAGUGUCCCAUCAUUGCAGUACUCCACCUUCUGUUGUUGAUGCAGAGACCAGUGUUAGUCACGAGUUUUGCUCAGCUCUUGAAGACGAAGGAAAAACAUCAGGCUUUACUGUAACUUAUCAUGACUUGCCAGAAAAAGGAUAUGAUGGCAAUUAUAUGUGUUUCGUGAGGCUUGAUACAAAACCACCAACAGUAUGUGGUGGAAUGGGCCACAAAAAACAAGCAGCACAUGAGAAAGCUGCAAAAAAUGCCUUGUACUAUUUAAGCACAGUUUUCAGUCACUAGGUAGAAGUAAAUUUGUAUCAUAUACCAGUAAACAAUGUUAUGCAAGGAUUGACGCACAUUGUUAAAUCUUUAUUGCACGAAGAGUUAUUUAGGCUAUCCAACAACGUUUUACAUCAACCUAAAUUGCUGUAAAUCAGUUUGUUUCAAACUACCACCUGGGACCAGAGAAACAAGUCCAGAUAAUUGCAAAGUACUAAUAAUCAAGGUCGAACUGUACAUGGUAUUUUCCUUUUUUUUUUCUUAACCACCGCUCUACAAAUCUGCAUCUUGUAUGAAACUUUGAAGUUUUGGUACUGUUUUGUCUUUCAAUUGAAUUGGUAAAUGUCAAUUAAGAGACCAGAGAAAGACUGAUUUGUUAUUGUUUACACAAAACAGCAGUAUCGCUUUAAAUGAUUGUAAGUGACAGUAGCAAAACAAAAACAGUCACCACUACUUAAAGUUUUCCCCUCUUCCUCCCUUUCUUUCUUACUUUGAUAAAUAAGGCAAGUCCUAUCUUGAGGUUUUUGUGGACCUUCAGAGGCCAAAUUUUGCAAAAUAAAAUUUUUUAUUAAUUUUAUACAGAAAAAUUUAUGAUGAGUUUGGUAAAAAAGGUUAUUUCAAAAUCAUUAAACAAUUGUGAUAUUUUGAAAAAGAAGUAAUUAUGCUGUUAUAACUUUUAACAAGGACCAUAAUAAUGUAUUGUGUUCAAUUGUUUGUUAAUUCUUUUCAACAUAGCAGUUGAAAUGAUUAGAACGACAUCAAGAACUUAAUAGGAAAAGCCUCUGCCAGUGCAUUAAUGACUAACAUUAAUGAGUUAAUGACUGUAUGUAGCCUAAUUCUAAGCAUUAACAACAGGUAGUCACUCCUUCCGGGUGUUACCUUUGCAAGAGAAUGGCAAUUUAGGUAUUUUUGAGUAUAUCAUGUGCUCAGUCUAACCUCUCUGUAAAGUAAGCUAUUACUGACAGUAGUCUAACUUUGAUUUCAAAGGUUUUCACUGCAUAAUGGGGCAGGUAUAGGCAAGCUAAUCAACUGAAAUAAUAUUUAUAUAAAAUCCUUAGGAUUAAUCCUGGAGACACCAUUUUCUUUCCAUUGUGUCAGUUCAAAAUCAUGCAUCACACUUUAAAAUAGAAGUAGACAGAGAUAAAAAAAAACCAGAAGGACAGCCAAAAGAAGAUAUUUCUUGAAACUAUUCAACCAGAAUAGACAUGUUAGAAAAAACAAUCUUAAAACAUCUUUUUAGUGCGUUUAACCCUUUAACUCCCAGAUCAAAUUUGUAAUUCUCCAUACUGUCAACCACACAAUUCUUAUGUUAGUUUAGAGAAUUUAGUCUUGGGUCAACUAAUUAACCCCAAAUUGAUAUUUUUCUUUAUUCUCAUCACUUAUGCAGUUGAUAUUGUAAGGAGAAAUUCUGUUCUGGUCAUUAAUGGGAGUUAAAGGGUUUAAGGAUAGAUUUACCAAUUCAAUUUAGCCAUUUCCAAUUCAUUCUGCCAAUAUCUCUACUUUGCUUUUGCAAAGAAAUUUGAUGCUAAUGAUGGCCUGUCCCAC